UAGACGAAACUAAGAGAAAUUCCUCAAAUGGAGUCCCAAUCUCUUUGCUUCUUACUCUUUCUUUUUCCCUUUCUCUUUUUUGUAUUCAAGGCCUUCACAAAAUGGAAAAAAACCAAAGACCAUAACCGACGCCCAAAGUUACCUCCUGGACCAACAAAAUUGCCUCUCAUAGGAAACUUGCAUCUCUUUAUUGGCACUCUUCCCCAUCGCUGCCUAAGAGACUUGGCCAAGAAACAUGGCUCGGUGAUGAACCUACAACUCGGUGAGAUAUCCACCGUUGUAAUUUCUUCACCGGAAGCUGCACAACAAGUCAUGCAAACCCAUGAUGUGAACUUUGCUGAUAGGCCAUAUUCUCUUGGUGCAAGUAUCUUAACUUACAAUUUCAGUGACAUUCUCUUUGCCCCAUAUGGAGACUAUUGGAGACAGCUGAGAAAAAUCUGCACACUGGAACUUCUGAGCAUGAAGCGUGUGCAAUCAUUCAGGCAUAUCAGGGAGGAAGAGGUUGCAGAUUUUAUUAGGCAGAUUUCUUCCAAAGCAGGAUCGCCAGUUAACCUUAGAAAGAGAUUACGGUCUUUAAGUUAUUCCAUCAUUUCAAGGGCUGCCUUUGGAGCAAAAUACAAAGACCAAGAUGAUUUCACAACACUUGUCCAAGAGGAAUUAACAGAUGCCUUGGGUGGUUUCAACGUUGGUGACAUAUUCCCAUCGCUGAAACUACUUCAUGUUAUUAGUGGAGCAACCGCCAAAUUCAAGAUGCUUCAACACAAGAUCGAUAAGAUUCUUGAAAACAUCAUCGAUGAACAUAGAGCUAGAAAAGAGUCAAGUACGAGCUGUAGCAAGGAAGCAAAUGACCUCGUUCAUGUUCUCUUAAAUCUUCAAGAUCAUGGGGACCUUAAGAUUCCACUAACAGACUCCACUCUUAAGGCAGUUAUUUUGGACAUGUUUGCUGGUGGGGGUGAGACAACAUCAACUACUUUAGAAUGGGCAAUGUCUGAAAUUUUGAAAAAUCCAAGAGUUCUUAAAAAGGCACAGACAGAAGUGAGGCAACUCUUUGGUAGCAAAGGAGAUGUUAACGAAGAAGGCCUGCGGGAUUUAAAAUACUUGAAGUUUGUUGUCAAAGAAACCCUCAGACUACAUCCUCCUGGUCCUUUGUUAGUUCCAAGAGAAAGUAGAGAAAGAUGUGAAAUCAAUGGCUAUGACAUUCCGGCUAAAACAAAAGUAAUUAUUAAUGCAUGGGCCAUUGGAAGGGACCCUAAUUACUGGGCCGAAGCUGAUAAAUUUUAUCCGGAGAGGUUCCAUGAUAGUUCAAUUGACUUUAAAGGAGCUAAUUUUGAAUUUAUCCCGUUUGGUGCUGGAAGGAGGAUAUGUCCUGCGAUGUCACUUGGUAUAGCCAAUAUAGAGCUUCCGCUUGCAAACUUGUUGUACCAUUUUGAUUGGAAAUUUUAUGAUGGAAGAAAACUUGAAGAUAUAAAUAUGACCGAGGUCUUCGCUCUCUCAGUAACGAGGAAAUAUGAUCUAUGCUUAGUUCCAAUUCCUUACCGUCCAAUGUUGAUAGACUGAUAUGUUGAUAUACUAGGGAGAUAGUAUGUUAUAAAUGGGCUAAUAAACUCGCAACCUUCUUUCCAUAUUUCCAUGAACAAGACUUCACAUGUAUCAGAAUAAAACAUCUACUGGCGUUGCUCUUUUCUAUAUAUAUAUUUUC